AUGUCUACUGGAAAAUUGUUAGCGCUUCGGGAUCACUAUUCUAUGCGCGCAUGGUCGGCUGGGGACUGCGUUGGACUUUUCAACGGUAGUGGGAAUGGGGAAUGCUUGAAUGUUCGCAUGCUAUCUUCCAGAGUUGGCACAGUGGGUACAGUGCUUGGGAAUGAGGCGAUGUUGAGGGCCACAACUGGGGGGCAGAACAUGUGCAAGAGGGUGUUCUCAGAAAGCAGCGGCGACAGCGAGAUGAGGCGGAGAUUUGUACCGGUUACGAAGUUUGACGAGGAGACAUUGCCUGCAGAACAUGUAGUUGAUUUUUACUUCGGCAAGUUGCUGGCUCCAAAAGUACCGGUUGGACAUCUUAGGAGGUACAUUCCAGAGAUAUCCUAUAGGAAAAAGUGGGAGUUUGUAUGCAGGAAACACGGUAUGACAGUAGGUGCAUUGUCGGAGCAGAACACGCAAUGUGAAAGCGAUCCUGAUACAGAAAUUAUGGAAUUAAUUAACCACAAGCUCAACCAGCCUGUUGAGCAGCAGCCUAUUUUAUACCAAUUGGAACGGUUAUUACGUUUAAAGGGUCCAUGUUCAACGUUCAUCGCUCAGGACGGCAUAUCAAGGCUUUUAAAACAAUCCUGCUCGAUGACCCCGGAAAUGGAAUACGUAUACUUAAGGUGCUUCAAAACUCUAAUCAAUCAAGAACAAGGGCGAUCGGCUAUACUUGAGAAUAUAGAAGUCAUCGGGCUACUAUGUAAAUACGUGGCUAAUUCUUCCUCACAAGCUAGGACAAGGCUUCUCACCACUGAUAUUUUGUUGUUGCUUACGUAUAUGGACAGCGUUAAGGUAUCCCAGCAAUUGGAACAAUUCUACACUCAGUGGCUUGAAGCGGUGGAAACCACCAUCAAGGAUGAGACACAGUGGCAUGAUGAUGUCCCUAGUAACCAAAAACCACAACAACUAAUGAUAGAUUAUUGCGUGUCUACGAUGUUUUUAAUAAAUUCCUUAAUCCAAGGAAUUCCUACUUAUCGUGGCAAGAGUAGAUUAAUAAGGUUGCUAAAAGAUGCUGGAAUACAUAGGAUAUUUCACAGAAUAGUCAGCUCAGGGGAAAAAUUUGACUCAGAGAUUUUGCUCGAUGAGAUAUCUAAAUAUCAAAGCAGAGAAGGGGAAAUUAAUUCCAAGUUUGUAAUAGAUACACCAACACACCUGAAUGUGUCCUUUAAAUCUCAGAUUAAAACUAUUGUAACCUUAACACAAGGGACAUCCCUAGAAUCUUAUAUGACUCUCGUGCUGGACUCCAUUAGACAAAUUGUUACCUCACGGACAUCAGCGGAAGCUACUAAACUUUUACAGUUAUUUCAAUCGAUAUUCAAGUAUCUUAUAGAACAUUCAUAUGAAGAUGAGGAGUUGGGGACGGAAAUUGCACUGCAAGCUUCGUUAAACAAGUUGAUGGAUGACUUACAAUCUAAACAGGUUAACCAAAGGGCGGUACAGGAGCUAGAAGAAAUGAAAGUCAAGAUGGAGGAGAUGAAGAGGGUGAUCGCUAAAUUAGAGCAUCAAAAGGAAAUCGCGAAGAGUGUUAUUGCCAAAGAACUGAACGCUACAAAAGCAGCACUGUCCAUAAAGUUGGACUACAUCACAGAAUUAGAGGAAAGGCUAGAAUCAGUAGAAAUACUACGGAAAAAUGAACGUAUGAUCUACGAGCGAGAAUUAGCUAACAAGGAAAACGAAAGAAGAAGCUCAAACAACUCUAUCUUCUUAUUUGCAUCUUUGAAAAAUGGUAAUGGAUUACCGCAUACUAAUGUUAAUAGGACUCCGUCAUUGAAUAGAAAUAAAAGGAGAUCUUAUACUACCCUGCAAUCGAAUGAAACUCAUAGGCGGAGUUUUAGUGGACCAUACGGAGUUCCAAGCCAAGAGAAUGAGAACCUCUAUUCUAAUAACUUCUUCAACUCUUCAAGACCAAGUAAGCCAGAUAGUUCUAUCCGUGGUGAUUCAAUAUCACCCACUGCAUCUGCCGGGACACUGGAUUUAACGGUACCUGUUGCAACGUCUCCAAGACCCACAUUGUCCCAGAAUGCAAUUAGGGCCUCCAAACCACAAUCAGAGUUAGACAAGCCAACUAUCUUUAAACAACCAAGGCCAGUCCUUCCUGAUGCUCGUUUAAAACCGACAUUGUCACGGCCACUCCCACACCCAACUUCGUCAUUAGUCAAUAAACCUUCUAUGAACCCACCUCCACUGCCACCUCUGCCUGCGAUGUUUAAAGUUGACAUCCCGUCAUACCUGGCUCCUGCUGCAUCGGUAUCGUCUGCAUCGUUAGAAGUCACAGGCAAGGCAACGGCAGAUCCAUCAUCCUCAUCAUCAUCAUCAUCAUCACCACCACCACUGCCCAAUACAUUAGUUAAAACAGAAACUCUUACUGCAUCACCAAUAACUCCUUUACCACUGCCUGAAGUACUGUCAAGGCAACCAACAGCAUCGCUGUUCUCACUGCAGUUAUCAAAACCAGGACAAGUAUCCGAUGCCUUGGUAAAGCAUGUGUCACCAUCAUCUUCAUCUUCACCUCCACCACCUCUACCACCACCUUUACCCGAUACGUUAAUGAGACAUGUUACGGUUCAAUCAGGACCACCGCCACCACCACCACCGUUGCCUCGUACACUAAUGAAGCAUGUUACGGUUCCAUCGGCGCCACCACCACCGCCCCCACCCCCACUUCCUCCCUCUUUGAAACCAAUUAAUGAAAAUAAUAUUUCGAAUGAGGUUGGAGUGGCUUCUUUUGGCUCUCUGCCGCCUCCUCCGCCUCCUCCACCUCCCUUCCCUCUCUCAGCGAGUCCGGGUGCCCCAGAUAUUCCAAAAUUGGGGAAUGUAACAUUAUUAUCAGCACCAAAACUAAAGUUAAAGCAAAUUCAUUGGGAUAAAAUCGAUGACAUCAAGGAAACAGUAUGGUGUGACCAGUCACAACGUGUUUCUAAGAGCACUGAGUUGGCUAGUUUCGGAAUCUUCCAAGAAAUAGACGAAUUAUUCCAGCUUAAUCCAACUUCUCCUGCAAUUGCAAAUGCAACUGCUAACCUACUGAAAGCCAAAAGCACAAAGGUAUCUUUAUUAUCUCGUGAACUGGCCCAAGAAUUUGGAAUAAACUUGCACAUAUUUUCACAUUAUACUGUUGAAGAAUUGACAAGUAAAGUUUUAAAUUGCGAUAAUGAGGUUUUGAAAAAUCAAAGUGUUAUUGAAUUCUUUUGUAAGGAAGAAAUCAACAAUAUACCAAAGAGCGUUCAGCAACUGUUUGCCCCAUAUUCUGCAAACUACAUCACAGGAGAACAACCAGAUAGAGAUCCCAAUGAAUUAGACCGUGCAGAUCGGAUAUAUUUGGAGUUGUUUUAUAAUUUAAGAUCAUACUGGGGUGCAAGGUCAAAAUAUCUCCUGGUCAUACUAACUUUUGAUAAGGAUUACUUUGAUAUUUUACAUAAAUUGGAGAGGAUCGACGACGCUACAAAAGCGCUCCAAAAUUCUGCAAAAUUGAAGGAACUAUUCUUUAUAAUCGUUGAAAUUGGCAACUAUAUGAACCAAAGACCAGUAGCAGGGAUCCAAUUGAGCUCCUUGAACAAAUUGGCUUUCACCAAAACGAGCACGGACAACAAUAUGUCAUUUAUACAUGUCAUUGAACGUAUUGUGCGUAGGAAGUAUCCCUCUAUCCAUGACUUUGUAGAAGGACUAGACAAGAUAUUGGAAGUGCAAAAUAUAAUUGUCCAGCAUGUGCAACAAGAAGCACACGAAUUUUGUGACCGUAUAGCACAUCUGGAAAGGCUGACGACCAUUGGGAUACUCUCAGAUCCAUCCAGGUUCCACCCAGAGGACAAAUUCAUGCUGAAGACCGAAUCGAAGAUUCUCUUGGCGAAGAAGAAGGCGGACUUGUUAAAGGAUCAAUGCACCCUUACUAUGAGCGAUUUUGAGAAACUAAUGGUCUACUGGGGUGAGAACCCAAAUAACACAAACAGUAAGAACUCAUUUUUCAAAAAGUUCAUAGAUUUCAUAACUUUAUUCAGAAAGGCAGGCAAGGAGAACUCAGAGCGAGAGGAAAUGACCCGCAUAUACGAAAAAAGAAGACGAGCUCUGGAGCAGUCAGCAUCAUCUCAGCGUCAACGAAGAAGAGCAUCCAGACUGUCUACUGCUGCAUCCAUGGACGACGGUACCCAGCAGGAAGACGCAGUCGACACUUUGAUCAAGAAGUUGCGUAAUGUGCCACAUCACGACACGAGAAACACUAGAGACCAUAAGGGAGACAUACCAAAAUUCCAUAGCAGCAGAUCUAGAAAGAGAGACUCAGACGGAUUAUUGUCCAGGACGCAGGAGAUGCUACUAGACGUUAAGAGAAUAUGA